AUGGAUUUCAACGUAACUUCGCGAAAACGAGCCGCACCUUCCGUCGCACAGGGUCCCGGCGCGGUCGGUGCUGACGGUCGCGGCGUAGGUCCUUCGGGAUGGAAAUCCUCCGCAAGAAGCGGCGGAGUUUCAGCGUGCCAGUUGUCGAUGUACGACGAGGCGCCGGUGGGGGAAGAGGUGGCCAUGGAGCAAUUCGAGGAGUUCGCGUUGGACCGGCUCCGGGUGCUCAAGGCGAUCGACGACGCCAAGGCGCGCGGAACAAAGGUGGACGAGCUCGACAGCAUGGUAUCUGACAUAUGGCGGAAGUACAUGCGGGCUGGAUGCUCAGUGGCUGACGCUCGUCGCAAGGACGUCAUAUCGCACUACAUCCUGCGACUCUCCUACUGUCGCACGGAGGAGCUACGGCGGUGGUUGUUGGCGCAAGAAUCCGCUUUGUUCCGCCACCGAUUCCGAGCUGAGACGCCUGAAAACCAGAGGUGGUUUCUGGAGAGCAAUGGCCUACCCUAUCGUGCCAUCGGCGCGGCAGAGAUGACAGGAGUGCGAGAGAAGCUAACUCAAGUGGCCAGGUCCCUCAACCUACCUGUCCCUAAUGUUGACAGUGUCUUCUACAAGGUUCCAUUUGAGGAAGUCCCUGAUUUGGUGGCUUCUCGCAGGGUCUAUCUCGAAAAGGGCUUUGCUUUUGUCCCUAGGGACCAGCUGGCGGCGAUUGUGGUGGGUCAGUUUAGAGCCAAGCUGUCCAAAGCACUCGUGGCUACCAACAGGAAGUGGCUUGCUCACAUACAGGAAGACGAGCAGGAGCGCCUGACACCGGUGAUUGAGGCGCUCAGCACACGCUAUCUAGGCCCCGACUUCUCCCAGCCUGGCGAGAGUGCUGAGGUGUCGCUCCGUGAUUUGGACGUCGUUGCGCGGCAGUCUUUCCCGCUCUGCAUGCGCCACCUCUUCUUCAAGCUGAGGGAGGAGCAUCAUCUACGGCACGGAGGCAGAAUGCAGCUGGGGCUGUUUCUCAAGGGCAUCGGGCUGAGAUUGGAGGAUGCACUCACAUUCUGGCGCUCUGAGUUCUCCAGAAAGUUGGGUGCAGAGCGGUUUGAUAAGGAGUAUGCAUAUUCCAUCCGGCACAACUACGGCAAGGAGGGCAAGCGCACCGACUACACUCCCUUCUCCUGUGUGAAGGUCAUCAUGAGCACUCCGGGCGUGGGGGAUCACCACGGGUGUCCAUUCAAGCACUUCAGCAUGAACAACUUCAGAGCUGCCCUUUCGUAG